AUGGACCGAAAACAGCGUCGACGCCGAAGGCCAGCAUUGUCCUGCCUCGAAUGCAGGCGCCGAAAGAUCAAGUGCGAUCGGAAUGAGCCUUGCACUCAUUGUGUCUCAGCCAAAUUACAAUGCACGUACAAAUUUUACGCCGAUCCAGUCAUCGAUGUACAGCAGCAGAGUCUUGGAGGGAGUAGUACACUGAGCUCUUCGGUCGUAAGUCCGUCUAGGUCGGCCCCGGUGUCAACUACUCUUCGCAGUCGACAUGCAUCGUCGGAUAUGCAACAGACCAACAAUGAUCGUCACCAUGACCAGUGCCCUCCUCACUAUGGGCCAGAAACACCACUACCAGAGAAUCUUGUUCAUCCAUGGGGCCCUCGAGCCACAGCAGCAGCACGACACAAAGACCAGUCAAACACACCAGUAGUACCACAACUUCAGUUCAAUGACUCUGCCACCAAUACCCCCAACCACAACAGCCGUCAACCCCACAGUGGGAUUGAGGCAACUCUCGGUAGUCGUUAUCAUCAAGCACAGAAUGAGGACGAUGGCCAUCAAGCGGGUCUUCAAAGCCUUUUGCAGCGCAUCCGGAAGCUCGAACAAGCUUCCACAAUCGGCUCUGCACAUGCUUUAUCCGAAACCGCUCAGGAUAUUAUUGCUAGUCGGUCUGGUCUAAGUGAGUCCCAGACCAUUCUUGACAAGUCAAGGAUGCUCAGGUGGAGUCAUUGGCUGGGAACUGCUCCAGAGUUCCAUCUAAUUGGCGACUGUUAUAUCGAAGUCCUGGGUCACUCAAAGAAUUUCUCUAAAGGUGAUGCCGAGAUACAAGCACUACUAGUCCGAAUAGGCAACGGCCUUCAGAAAUGCAAGAGCAUAGCGAGACGAAUCAAGCUCGGCAAACCUACAAGAUGCUUAUCAUGGCGUGAGUUUGCAUUAUCUACGCCAUCUCGGGCCGUUGCAGAUACGAUGGUCAAUCUAUAUUUCCAAUCAUUCGAAUCAACACAUCGAAUCCUCCAUAUACCCACGUUUUGGUCUGAGUAUCGAAGAUACUGGGAUGACCCAGAGCGAACAACACCCGAUUUGCGCCUCAAGAUUCUUCUGGUCAUCGCGAUAGGUUCAAGCCUAUCGGAAUAUAGCGACACGGACACUAAUUUCCACAACAUGGUCCAUCAGUGGGUGUACACGGCCCAAGCAUGGCUUUCCGGGCCCCUGGAAAAGGAUCGUUUGAACAUCAACGGCCUACAGAUCCACUGCCUCACUAUUCUGGCUCGUCAAACGUUUGCUAUUGGCGGCGACCUUGUAUGGAUGUCCAUGGGCUCCCUCAUCCACCGGGCAAUGCAGAUGGGUUUGCACCGAGACCCCACACACCUACAGACCAUGUCGAUACUUCAAUCCGAGAUGCGGCGACGUCUGUGGGCGACCAUCAUCGAAAUGGUCCUCCAGGCAUCACUGGACUCUGCCAUGCCUCCAAGAAUCUCAUUCGAUGACUUUGAUACCUUGGCACCGUCCAACGUCAACGACGACGAAAUAUCCGAAGACACAUCAACACCAAGCGGCAAUUCACUCGUCCCCCAUGCCAGAAACAUAUACACCUCGACAUCCAUCCAACUUUUCCUUCUCGAUUCUUUGCCGACUCGACUACGCAUCCUUCACCUCCUCAACGGUCUACACACGGGACUGUCCUACACGGAAGUUCUGGCAUUGACAACCCACCUCAACGACACGUGUCGAGAAUACAGCACUUUUAUGAAGGAGAACCGCGCCAUCACAGCCUUCCAUCGAAAUUUACUGGAUUACCUCGUGCGUCGGUUCGUGAUCGUUCUCCACUGUCCCUUCAUGAGUAAAGCCCGCACGAACCCACUCUUUUAUUACUCGGUCAAGGCGAGCCUGGACGCAGCCAUGUCUGUCAUUUCUCCUGAACCCGACAAAGGGUUCUCCCACCUCAUGACCAUCGGAGGUGGUCUGUUCAGGGAAGGGCUGUGGCACGCGCAGACGGUCAUCUGUCUGGAACUCUUGGGCGAGGUCGACGCUCAAGCCUCCGACGGGACAUUGCACCGCAAAUCCGCCUAUCGCGACCUCCUGAAGCAGGCUGUGCGAGACAUGAUGGUCUUGGUCACGGAACGUAUUCGACACCGUGAAACGAAUAUCAAAUCUCACAUGUUUUUGAGUAUGAUACUCGCCCAGGCCGAAGCCACGGCCGAAACGACGACGCUGGACGCGCCGUCGCCGUCGCCCCGUCUGCGUAUCGCGCAGACUGCAGUCGAGAGUUUGGAGGUUUGUAUUGGAUUACUUCAGGACCGAGUAGACACGAGCACCACGACGACGUUUCCCAGUCCAAUGGACGUGGGUCUGGGGGUGUCGAAUCCACCUAACGGCACAGGCUUACAAGGUGGAGGAGAAUAUGGUAGUCAGGGGUUCUACGGGACCGGUGUUGGUGGUAUCGGAGGAGGUUUUGAUCUUGCCGAUUUGGACUUGGAAUUUUUUCUGCCUGAUGCAGGAUUCAAUUAUCAAUAGAUGUGAUUUAUUGAUCGG